UAUAAAAAGUUGAUAAUUUUGUUUAAUUUAUUUUUUACUAUUUUAAAAUGGAUAUUAACUAUCUUGAUUAUCUUGAUGAUGACUUAAACUAUGAUUGGCUAGAACAAACUAUUCGUGUUCCUAAACGAUAUAUCCGUGAUAUGCAAAACUCUAUUGAAGGAUUUUCAGAUUUGCAAUUUUUCCAACGGUUUAGGUUUCCAAAAUAUAUUGUGUUAGAAAUAAUUUUACCUAUGAUAUACUUGGAUAAUAUGGAUUGCAAUUUUGAUAGACGUGGGUUAAAAAUCGAUAAUAUUACAAAAGUGUUAAUUGCCCUACGUUUCUAUGCAAGUGGAAAUGACCAAAGAGUCAAUGGAGAUACAUUAGGAUAUUCACAAGCUUCGGUUUCUAUUGUGGUUAAAGAAGUAUCGGGAUUACUAGCUAAAUGUGGAAAAAAAUGGAUUCGAUUUCCAAGAGCUCCAAAUUUACAAGACACUAAGGAACAAUUUUAUUUAAUUGGUGAAUUUCCUGGUGUAAUAGGAGCUAUAGAUUGUACACAUGUCCCUAUUAAAAGUCCAGGAGGCGACAACGCAGAAAUUUAUAGAAAUCGAAAAGGAUGGAUGUCAUUAAAUGUUCAAAUUGUUUGUGGUCCUAAAAUGCAAAUUUUUGACAUAGUCUGUAGAUGGCCAGGUUCAGUUCAUGAUAGUAGAAUUUAUAAUAAUAGUCGAGUGAAACUUCUAAUUGAAUCAAAUGCUUUAGCUGGUAACAUAUUUAUUUAUAUUUAUAUUUAUUUUAAUAUUAUCUAAAUAUUUGAUAUUGACUAGUAAUAAAUUCAUAUUAUAAUAAAUUCAUUAUUGUCAUAAAUUAUAGGCCAUUU